CACCCUUUUCCGACGCCUCGCGCCGGCAGGGCUUCAGCGUUCCGGCGUCCGGGCGGCGCGUCUCGCUUCUCUUCCCUGCUGGGGCCUCGGUGGUCGCGGGUAGCGCCACCUACUCCGGCCAGUCGGCGCAACGCUCGAGUGGCCUGGCAAGGGAGCGGGCCGUGUGCUCGUGGAGAACACGGGGACCGGAGAGAGGCGCACAGCAUGGCCGAAAACCGAGAGCCCCGCGGGACCGUCGAGGCUGAGCUGGACCCGGUGGAGUACACCUUGCGGAAGCGGCUUCCCCACCGCCUGCCCCGGAGGCCCAAUGACAUCUAUGUCAACAUGAAGACUGACUUUAAGGCGCAGCUGGCCCGCUGCCAGAAGCUGUUGGACGGAGGGGCGCGGGGUCAGAACGCAUGCAGUGAGAUCUACAUCCACGGCUUGGGCCUGGCCAUCAACCGGGCCAUCAACAUUGCCUUACAACUGCAGGCGGGCAGCUUCGGGUCCUUGAAAAAAUUUAAAAAAAAAAAAAAAAAAGAAAGGUAUACCUAG